CUGUUGCACAAAAGUAGAAUUAAGACAUCCGGGAUAAAUGACUCAGCUGAGCUCAAUGAAGCCAAAACAUGUGCGUCCAGGCUUAAUUGGUUGCACAAAGACCAAGCCAGGAUGAGCAGACACGGAUUCAUUAAGCCAGGUGAAACCAAUCCUGGAUAGGUGCGCGCUCACGGCUCACUCAAAUAGACCCCGCCACAGAUCACAGAUUAACUGAUUUACCAUGGCAACUAGAGCCGCGUACUUUUCCCCGUCGGAAGCACAAAUCCUCAUGGAGGCAUACGAGGAGGUAAAAGAUAUAAUUAAGAAGAAAGGCAACACCGCCACAGUGAUAAAGCAAAGAGAAAAAGCGUGGCAAAGUAUUGCAGACCGCCUGAAUGCGUAAGUAGUGCACAAUUACACACUCACCGCUCCGCUGAAACAUCACAAUUACAAAUCAAAUAUUUAAUUCACAUCUCCAAAAAUGCAGUUGUACUGUAAUUAUGAAACGGUUAAAUUUUUAAUUGAAAUGCACUGCAGAUAUGAGUGAAAUUGUGUAAAGUAACUCCAUCACACUGUAUAAAGCUAUGAUACAUUUUUUGAUAUUUUUACUGAAAACAAGACAAAAAUACCAAGUAAUUUUUUGCAGUGUGACUCCAUUAAAUGUGUGUGUGUGUGUGUGUGUGUGUGUGUGUGUGUGUGUAGUUUAAACAUGAACGGGCCAAAACGGACAUGGCAGCAGGUCAAAAUCAAAUACAAGAACAUUCUGCAGAACACAUUGUCUGUACUGUUUUAGCAGUGAAAAAGAAUACCCACAGACAAGGCACGGGUGGUGGGUCACCAAAGGCUGACCUUACCCCAGCAGAGGACAUGGCCUUGGAGCUAAAUAAAGGCAGGCCCGUCUUAGAGGGGAUCCCUGGGGGGAAAGAGACGAGCAUAGGUUCCUCCCAAGAUGCCACCCGCUUCAUUCAAGUGCCUGGCAGCACUGUGUUCCUGUUAGAGCCACCAGCACAAGCACCAGACGAUGCUGAUCCAGGUGAAGGCCCCAGUGCAGCAGCAACAGCACAUGAUGGAGACGAUGAUGAGGAGGAGACCAUCUCUCUGGAUUCCAGAAGGCAUGAGGACCCAGAUGCUAUACAGUGGGAAAACCAGCCUGGCAACAUAAGCUCACAAGCUAUCAGAAAGUUGUAUGGCAACCACCUCCGGCGCCAAAUAGAACUGGCAGACAUAGACAUUCAGUACAAGAAGAAAAAUAUGGAAAAUCUUGCACUGGAGUCCGAAAUAAAAAAGAGGACAAUUAGGAAACUGGACCUUGAAAUAAAAAAACUUGAGAGGGAGCUCCAAGAAGAUGACACAGCUCAAAAUAAAAAUUAGCAAUCAGUACAACCAAGUCAUCGUUAUAAGGCAUCGCCCUCUUUUGCCCACCCCCCCAGCACCAGGUGUGGCCACUGGCCUAUAUGAAGGCCCAAAAUUGUGUGUUCCUUUCUGCUCUGACAAUGGCAUGCCCAUUCGUGCGAGAUGUGGUGGAUGAAGAAGCACUUGUGCUGAGGAGAGCCUUCAGGCGAGAAAGGGUCUUCAGGGACCGGUUGGACCCACUGGCCUUCCCUGAUGACCAUCUAUAUGAAAGAUACAGGUUUUCUGCAGAUGGCAUCAGGUAUCUAUGCAGACUACUGGGUCCCAGGAUUAAGCACCGCACUGCACGGAGCCAUGCACUGAGUGUGGAGCAAAUGGUUUGUGUGGCCUUGCGCUUUUUUGCUAGUGGAGCCUUCCUGUACUCAGUGGGGGAUGCAGAACAGCUGAACAAGGCCACAAUUUGCCGCACAAUAAGGAGUGUGUGUCUGGCUAUCAAAGCAUUAGCAGAUGUCUUCAUCUCCUUCCCUGGCCACAGAAGACUCUGUGACAUCAAAGAGGAGUUCUAUAGGAUUGCAGGUAAGAGGAUCUACAAAUUACAGGACAACUGUUAACACAUAGUAGGAUACUCAUUACUUUGUGUGACAGGUUUCCCCAAUGUCAUUGGUGCAGUGGACUGCACACACAUAAAGAUAAAAGCCCCU